CACUUUUUGUGAUUUUUUUUUUAAGGGAUCUAUUGCAAGAGGUUGAUAUCCAGGUGACUUACCAGAUUCAGAAACUGGGAAGAAUCCAAGUCAACACCCAUAUUUAAGUCUCCUUUUAAAGCUGGUUUAUCUUUUUCUGGCUAUGGGAAGCUGCUCAUCUCAUCAAUGCAAUGGAAAUGCCUAGGAGAGAAGGUUCCAUACAUUUCCCAUGGGUGGAAAGAAAAACCUGCUUUCUGCUGAUAGAGACACAAUUAAGUGUUAUAGGAACAGACCUGGAAAAUGUCCAAAGAGGUUUGAAUGGGCACUCAAUAACAAUAGAUAAAUGGUUAGCCCCACAAUGAUGGUUAAUUAUUAUCUUUUGAUUCAAUAGACUUCAAUAGGAACCUGUCAAGAGAAACUACAGCCACAUUGGGAAUAGUUCUCCAUAAUACUGAGAACUAUAUGGAAAUGGACUUGGGUAGCCUUCAUCAACCACAAUGCCUGCUUUUUUUAUUGUGCCUUUCUUGUGGAUCACUACAGAUGCUGAAAAGACCAAUCAACAUUUCAACUACAAGUUUACCAUCGCUGCACUGCCCUAUACUGUAUUCAACCUCCAGUGAAUACUUGAGAUUGUGAGGGUUGCAUGCAGUAAAAUUAGCAGCUGAAGGGGUUAAAAGAGAUUGAGAUUGGAGGUCAGAGGUUAAGAGCAUUUAGUUUCAGCACCUAAUUGGGGAUAGACCUGAAGAUGGAGACCGGCUAUCCUAUUGCUUCCUUGCUGUGCUGCCCAAGAGAGAUUUUUACAUCAUCUGCCUGACACAGAAGCAUUCCAGAAUUGUUAGCAUAAUGCUAGAUGAAGAAUCUUUGACUACAAAGGAGCCUCAAGUUUAGAAGAAGAAAAAAAAAAAUCUUUAUUCCUUAUAUGGCAUCAGUAGUCUAUUGAGCACUGUGAAUGGGCGAUUGCACGUUAUUAUGCAUGGUUGUUUCGUGCAGUCAAGGAGCUUGGAACACUACCAGGAAAUUGCAGCCAGUUUCUAGCAAAAGGGAGCAUUUAAAGGAGAAGCAGAUUCUUUAAAUUCACUACCAGGAAAUUGCAGCCAGUUUCAAGUAAAAGGAAGCAUUUAAAGGAGAAGCAGCUUCUUAAAUCAAGGGCAUAAGUAUGGGAAAAUCAGCCUCAAAGCAAUUUUCAGAAGAAGUCUUAAGAGCCCACAAUGAUUACAGGAAGAAGCAUGGCGUUCCUUCACUAAAACUCUGUAAAAAAUUAAACAGAGAAGCACAGCAGUAUUCAGAAGCACUUGCUAGCACAAGAAUCCUCAAACACAGUCCUGAAUCUAGCAGUGGAAAAUGUGGAGAAAAUCUAGCAUGGGCUUCAUACGAUCAAUCAGGAAGUGAAGUAGCUGACAGAUGGUAUAGUGAAAUCAAGAAUUAUAAUUUCCAAAGCCCUGGUUUUUCCUCUGGGACCGGUCAUUUCACAGCAAUGGUUUGGAAGAACACAAAAAAGAUGGGAGUUGGAAAAGCAGCUGCAAGUGAUGGCUCCACAUUUGUAGUGGCUAGAUAUGAACCUGCUGGCAACAUUGUAAAUUCUGGGCAAUAUAAACAAAAUGUUUUUCCACCAAAAAAAUAAUAAACUAUAUGGAAAACAGGUUAUAAAAAGAAAACUGGGAGUCCACCUGAUUACAUAGGAUAAACCACUGUUGAAUGGUA